AUGUACACGGGAACACACGGAAUGGCUUGUAUGCUAACCAUCCUCUGCCUAUUUACAGGACACUGCAGUUGUCAGGCCAAUAAGACCAUCUCAUCCUUAACACUCAAGUCAGUUAACUCAAAUUCUCCAUACUUUACUUUUUCGAACAAAUUUACCAAGAGUAAAGUGUCCUUUGAGAAGCUUUCCAUAUCCAAACUCACUUCCACAUUUGCUUUUUCAGCAAUUCCAUUAACCUUCAAGGAAUCACAUUUCUCCAAGUGCCUCUCUCCAAUUUUGAAGAUGAAUUCUCAGAGUAUUUCAAAUACAGAGAUAACAUCAAGUUCUGAAUCCACUGAAUCCAUUACAUUUACAAGCUGCACUUUCAAUAUGAACAGUGAGUAUGCAGUAAGUGGUGAUCCAGAUUUCAGUAUUACCUUCCUUAAAUGCACUUUCAAGGGCCAUUAUAAUUUCCUCUCAUAUUAUUUUGGAGCAAUUUAUGUAAAUGACUCAGCAAUGAAUGAUGUUACAUUUGGAAUCAGUUUUUCUUCCACUGAAAAUGUUGAAGGUAAUUAUUUUAGGAAUAAUAUCACUAAUACAAAAACUGACUCUAACUAUGGACUUUUCGCCUUGGCAAACACACAACCUUCAACAGUUAUAUAUAAUGUAUUUGAUCAGGUUGAAUCAAAAUACAUUUUUUCAGCUUAUGAGAAUUUAAAUGUCUAUGCAACCACGAUUUUGAACACAAAGAUCUAUAGCCAUGAUAUUUUAGCUCAGUUUUCCUUAGAUGUUGCAGAUUCAAUGUUCUUGUCGGAGCUCCAAAAUCAAGAUUCUUUCCACAUUGAAGCCAAAACAUUGAGAGUUCGUAAUUGCUGCUUCUCAGGAGGAGAAGAGUCCUGGUUCACAGCAAGAAAUCUCAUUUAUAACUUAACAAAUGUUCCAAGCAAUCAAUGCGACCAAGCAGUUUUAAUAAGAGACUUCCCAUAUAAGGUUCACAAAUCAAACGAAGUUAUUUUUAAGAUGCUCAUUAGAUAUACCAACUAUUAA